GGUUCGCAUUUCCCUGCUCCCGACGGGGUGGGCGUCCUGCUGCUGGGACUUUCCCUUCUACAGCCGUGCUGGGGCCGGGACGGGGCGGGGGUUGCGGGCUCUGUGGUGCAGACCGGACAGGAAUGCCAUCGUGGCUCUGUGGGACUGGAGCCCGCGAUCCCUUACAGUCCCCGACAAGGCCCACGGCCCAGGGUCCCCCCCGCCCCAGCCGCAGCCCCGCAGGUGCUCCUCACCCGAAAGCAUGUGCAGGGAGCCCGGCCUAGCCACGCGGCUGCUGUGUCCCGUGGGACAGGGCACCGUGAGGUGCUCGCGCAAAGUCUCUGACCCACGGGGAGCUGUCCGCCAGCCCGGCCUGUGCCCCGCGACCUGUGUGGGGCUGAGGGUGCGGAGCCAGGCAGGGAGGGGAAGGAAGGGGGUUGGGGAGAGAGCCGUACCCUUGGCAAAGUUCCAAGAGAAGGAGCAGAGGAGGGGCCCCGGUUCCUGCGGGGAGGCCCCCCAGCUGGGGCCGUAGCAUGACUAGAGGCCUCAGGGGUGCCCGGUGAGGCCUGGAGACAGGCUCCAGGGUGGCUGGGGAAAGCUGGGGGGGGGGGGCGUACAGGGGCGGGCUGGGCCUGCCUUUUGUCCCUGUGGCGUGGGGACUUGUGCCCCUCCCUGCCAUGGGCACCCCAGGAGCAGGAGCAGGUCCCUGCCCGCCGGCCAGGGCAGUCUGCACCCAGAGUACCCGCGGCCUGGGGAAACCGAGGCACGGGGAGGGCGGGUGGCUGCCGGAGGGCGGCCGGGGUGCGGCGGCUGGGGGGCAGCGCGGAGAGCUCUGUGGCCAGAUUACGCCCAGUGCAGGAAUUCUCGCUCUGCCCGUAAUCGCCCUGACUUCCCAGGCAGCCAUCAUUUCCUGAAAGUCAGCCGCCUUAGGGGAAGUGGGCGCUGGCGGUGACUAACCCAACAUGCAAAUGCGGCCGGGCCGAGAGCGGCCCAGCGCCGCCGCGGUCCUGCGGGAGCCGCCCGCCGCCGUCCGGGGCGCCCUCCGCGGCCGUCGCCCCCUCGCCAUGUCCCAGCUGCGCUUCUGGCUGCACUUCGCGGCUCUCAACAAGGAUUCCGCGUACCUCGACGAGCUUUCCAACGCCUCCCUCUUCUCUUCGUCCGUGGACUCCCUCUCAGACAUCGCGGACACACCGGACUUCCUGCCGGCCGACAGCCUCAGCCAGGUGCCCACCAUCUGGGACGUGAGCACCGGCCCCGCCGCUCACGAGAAGCUGCUCCUGCCCACUGGGCCAUGGACAGGCCUUGAGGACCCUGUGUCCUCCCUUUCCAGCACCCCACUUCUUGUCAGCUACCAGUCCCAGAGUCAGCCUGAGGAGGAAGACGAGGCAGAGGAGGAUGAGGGGGAGGAGCUGGGCCACACAGAGACCUACGCCGACUACGUACCGUCCAAAUCCAAGAUCGGGAAGCAGCAUCCGGACCGCGUGGUGGAGACCAGCACCCUGUCCAGUGUCCCACCGCCAGACAUCACCUAUACCCUUGCCCUGCCUGCUUCCGACAGCGGGGCCCUGUCUGCCCUACAGCUAGAAGCCAUCACCUACGCCUGCCAGCAACACGAGGUCUUGCUCCCCAGCGGGCAGCGGGCCGGCUUCCUCAUCGGCGACGGCGCUGGCGUGGGGAAGGGGCGCACGGUGGCCGGCAUCAUCCUGGAGAAUUACCUGCGCGGCAGGAAGAAGUCCCUGUGGUUCAGCGUCUCCAAUGAUCUCAAGUAUGACGCGGAGCGGGACCUGCGGGACAUCGACGCACCGGGCAUCGCGGUGCACGCGCUGAGCAAGAUCAAGUACGGGGACAACACUACCUCAGAGGGCGUCCUCUUUGCCACCUACUCUGCCCUCAUCGGGGAGAGCCAGGCCGGCGGGCAGCACCGCACGCGCAUCCGCCAGAUCCUGGAGUGGUGCGGGGAGGCCUUCGAUGGAGUCAUUGUGUUUGAUGAGUGCCACAAAGCCAAGAACGCCAGCUCCACGAAGAUGGGCAAGGCCGUCCUGGACCUGCAGAACAAGCUGCCCCAGGCCAGGGUGGUCUAUGCCAGCGCCACAGGUGCCUCUGAACCCCGGAACAUGAUCUACAUGAGCCGCCUGGGCAUCUGGGGUGACGGCACGCCCUUCCGAACCUUCGAGGAGUUUCUGCAUGCCAUCGAGAAGAGGGGCGUGGGCGCCAUGGAGAUUGUGGCCAUGGAUAUGAAGGUCAGCGGCAUGUACAUCGCUCGGCAGCUCAGCUUCUCUGGUGUCACCUUCCGCAUUGAGGAGAUCCCCUUGUCCCCGGCCUUUGAGCGCGUCUACAACCGCGCGGCCCUGCUGUGGGCCGAGGCCCUGGGCGUGUUCCAGCAGGCGGCCGACUGGAUCGGCCUGGAGUCUCGCAAAUCCCUGUGGGGUCAGUUCUGGUCGGCCCAUCAGCGCUUCUUCAAGUAUCUGUGCGUCGCUGCCAAGGUGUCCCGGCUGGUGGGGCUGGCCCGGGAGGAGCUGGCCCGGGACAAGUGUGUGGUCAUCGGGUUGCAGUCCACGGGCGAGGCUCGGACCCGGGAGGUGCUGGACGAGAAGGAUGGACAGCUCGACUGCUUUGUCUCCGCUGCUGAGGGUGUCUUUCUGUCGCUAAUUCAGAAGCACUUUCCUUCCACCAAAAGAAAGAGAGAGAGAGGAGCAGGCAGUAAGAGAAAACGGCGGCCGCGGGGCCGCGGAGCCAAGGCGCCCAGGCUGGCGUGCGAGGCGGCGGGCGUGAUCCGCAUCAGCGAUGACAGCAGCACGGAGUCGGACGCCGGCCCAGACAGCGACUCCCACUCCUCCCCUGAGUCCGUGCUGGACGACGACGUGGUCAUCCUGGACACCGUCGGGCUGCCAGCCGACGACCGUGGGCCCCUGUGCCCCCUGCAGCGGGACCCUCACGGCCCCGGCGUCCUGGAGCGCGUGGAGCAGCUGAAACGGGACCUGCUGGCCAAGGUGCGGGCGCUGGGCCGGGAGCUGCCCGUGAACACCCUGGAUGAGCUCAUCGACCAGCUCGGGGGCCCCGAGCGCGUGGCCGAGAUGACUGGCAGGAAGGGCCGCGUGGUGUCCAGGCCUGACGGGACGGUGGCCUUUGAGUCUCGGGCAGAGCAAGGCCUCUCCAUCGACCACGUGAACCUCAGGGAGAAGGAGCGCUUCAUGAGUGGGGAGAAGCUCGUGGCCAUCAUCUCCGAGGCCUCCAGCUCCGGCAUCUCCCUCCAAGCCGAUCGCCGCGUCCGGAACCAGCGGCGCCGGGUGCACAUGACGCUGGAGCUGCCGUGGAGCGCCGACCGUGCCAUCCAGCAGUUCGGCCGGACCCACAGGUCCAACCAGGUCUCUGCGCCCGAGUACGUCUUCCUCAUCUCGGAGCUGGCCGGGGAGCGCAGGUUUGCCUCCAUCGUCGCCAAGCGGCUCGAGAGCCUGGGGGCUCUGACUCAUGGGGACCGGCGCGCCACCGAGUCCCGUGACCUGAGCAAGUACAACUUCGAAAACAAGUACGGCACCCGGGCCCUCAGCUGCGUGCUCACCACCGUCCUGAGCCAGACCGAGAACAAGGUGCCGCUGCCCCAGGCCUACCCUGGAGGAGAUGCCGCUUUUUUCCGGGACAUGAAGCAGGGCCUGCUGUCCGUCGGCAUCGGGGGGCGCGAGUCUAGGUCCGGCUGUCUGGAUGUGGAGAAGGAUUGCUCCAUCACCAAGUUCCUAAACCGCAUCCUGGGGCUGGAGGUGCACAAGCAGAACGCACUCUUCCAGUACUUCUCGGACACCUUCGACCGCCUCAUCGAGACGGACAAGAAGGAGGGCAAAUAUGACAUGGGCAUCCUGGACCUGGCUCCAGGCAUUGACGAGAUCUAUGAGGAGAGCCAGCAGGUGUUCCUGGCCCCCGGACACCCACAGGACGGGCAGGUGGUCUUCUACAAGAUCAGCGUGGACCGUGGCCUCAAGUGGGAUGAGGUUUAUGCCAGGUCGUUGGAGCUGACGGGCACCCAUGACGGCUUCUACCUCUCGAAGGUUCGCGGCAAGCCGAGCUGCCUCCUGGCCGAGCAGAAUCGCGGGAAGCACUUCACGGUGUACAAACCCAACGUGGGGCGGCAGAGCCAGCUGGAGACAUACGACAGCCUGUGCCGGAAGUUCCGCCGGGUGACGGCGGAGGAGGCCAGGGAGCACUGGGAAAACAGCUACGCCUUCUCGCUGACGCACUGCAGCCACGCGGCCUGGAACCGCCCCUGCCGGCUGGUGCAGGAGGGCAAGGACUGCACGCAGGGGCUGCGGCUGCGCCACCACUACAUGCUGUGCGGGGCCCUGCUGCGCGUGUGGGGCCGCAUCGCCGCCGUCAUGGCCGACGUCACCAGCAGCAGCUACCUGCAGAUCGUGCGCCUCAAGACCAAGGACAAGAAGAAGCAAGUCGGCAUCAAGAUCCCCGAGGGCUGCGUGCGCCGCGUGCUGCAGGAGCUGCAGCUCAUGGACGCGGACGUGAAGCGCAAGAACGCGCGCGGCCGAGGCCUCCCCGCGCCGCUGCCCGCCCUGCGCCCGCUCGCGCUGCCCUGCGGCCCGGGCGAGGUCCUGGACCUCACCUACAGCCCGCCGGCGCAGGCCUUCCCGCCGCCCGCACCCUUUGCCUUCCCGCCCCCGGACCCCGCGCCAGCCCCCGGGGGCCUGCCGCUGGGCGCCCCGGACCCCACCGCGGACCCCGCGGCCCUGGCGCACCAGGGCCGCGACAUCAACUUCAAGGAGGUGUUGGAAGACAUGCUGCGCUCCCUCAACGCGGGGCCGCCCACCGGUCCCUCCGGGCCGGGCGCAGGGCCCGCAGGGGUGCCUGGGGGGGGCGGCGGCCCCGAGCGGCAGAGCGUCAUCCAGUUCGGCCCCCCCUUUCCAAACUCCUAGACCGGCGAGGCGACCGGCAGCAGGUGUCGAGAGGAAGCUUGCUUCUCUGCAAUACUCAGCCGCGGCCACAGGGACUCUGUCUGGUCUCCGGCCCACGUGGGUGGUGCGGGGAGCGGGGAGGGCCGGCUCCCCUGCUGACU